AUGGCUCUUCCCAGAGCACGGUUUCGUGCCCUUUCAUGGGCCAACCAGUUCCUGGCAUAUAAACGUCCAACUUGGCAAUGUACUACUUGCAGAACCCUUCGCCCGACUCCAAUUAUUGCUCCGCGCAGAUUCGCGACAGCACCUUCGGGAGAGCACAAGAAACCCUACUAUGUGACGACACCUAUUUUCUAUGUGAAUGCCGCCCCUCAUGUCGGUCAUCUCUACACUAUGAUAAUUGCCGACAUCCUAAAGCGAUGGCGAACACUCUGCGGAGAAACAGACGCUCAACUAUUGACCGGUACCGAUGAACAUGGCAUGAAGGGAUAUUCUCAAUCAAAAAACUUCCAUGGUAUUGACUGUACGGUACAGAUCCAGCAAGCCGCCCUAGCCGCAGAAAUGGAUACUCAGGCCUUCUGCGAUAUGAACUACAAAACCUUCGAGGAUCUAGCCAAGGCGGCAAAUAUGGAUUACAAUUACUUCAUCCGGACGACAGAGGCGGCGCACAAGAAGUCCGUACAGUAUUUCUGGGAAAUGUUGGAUCACAGAGGCUAUAUCUACACCUCUAAGCACGAAGGUUGGUAUUCUGUUAGCGAUGAAACAUUCUAUCCUCCGUCGCAGGUACAUAACUCACUGGAUCCUACCACCGGAAGAAAGAGAAUGGUUUCGGCCGAGACAGGGAAAGAAGUAGAAUGGUCCUCUGAGACAAACUAUCACUUCCGCCUGUCUGCUUUCCAAGAGCGUCUGCUGGAUCUAUACAAGACAGGCUUCAUUACACCAUCAAAUUACACGACAGAGAUCGUAAAAUCAGUAUCUUCAGGGCUCCAGGAUCUGUCGAUUUCCAGACCCGUAGAGCGGUUAACUUGGGGAAUUCCUGUCCCUGGGGAUGAUACACAGACCAUUUAUGUAUGGCUGGACGCACUUGUCAAUUAUUUGACCAAGGCGGGAUACCCUUUCCCCCCCGGUCAGGAAGGUGGCCUUGGGUGGCCCGCAGAUGUACACGUUGUCGGCAAGGAUAUCGUUCGCUUCCACUGUGUAUACUGGCCAGCGUUCCUCAUGGCGCUUGACCUCCCCCUUCCUCGUAAUGUCCUUGUUCAUGGCCACUGGACGAUCAACCAUGAGAAAAUGUCCAAAUCCACCGGAAAUGUUGUGAACCCCUUCUUUUCUUUAGACCGUUUCGGGGUUGACACCAUGCGCUUCUUCCUUGCCUACCAGGGAGGCUUGGCGGGAGACGCUGACUAUGACAACUCCUACAUCAUCCGUGACUACAAGAAGCUGCUCCAAUCGGGCAUCGGAAACCUUGUGCUCCGAACAAUCGGCUCUUCGAAAGGGAAACUCCAUUCUUACAUUGUCAGCGGGACAUCGGGCGAACUUCCGGCCGCAAAUGAGCAAGAUUUGCAAUUCGAACAACUGCUGAGGGAAACCCCAGUCAAAGUGGGGGAACAAAUGGAGAGCCUUAACCCUCGUGCCGCUUUGCAAAACAUCAUGGUGUUAAUCGAGCAGGGCAACAAGUACAUCCAUCUAUCGGAGCCGUGGAAGGAUGCUAUCAAAGCUCAACGAGUGUUGUUUAAUGUCGCCGAAUCCCUCCGGAUCGCCGGCAUUCUCCUACAGCCCUUCAUGCCCACAAAGUCUAAAGAGCUUCUAGAUGUUCUCCGCGUCGAUGGUACCCGUCCCUCCAAACGGGCAUUCUCGGCCGCAGUAUUUGGGUCCGAUGCAGAAUAUGGAGAAGGCAUUAAGAAGACCGUCUUGUUUCCCCCUCUUAUCGUGGAGCAAUAA